AAGGGACCGCGGGAAAUGGGAUCCUGGUCAGUUCAGACUGUGGGAAUUGAGUCCCCAGUGAGUCACAAGGGAGCACGGGAAAUGGGGCCCUGGGGCUCUGACAAGUUGCAAGGAGUGCAUCAGACAUUACUUGGUGAGCAAGACCAAGUUUUAACGACCAAGUUGCAACUUAAAAGCAAUGAAAAACUUCUGAUGCUGGAAAUUUGAAAUAAAAACUGAAAAUCUUGGAGAUAAUCAACGGAUCAGACAGCAUCUGUGGAAGGAGAACGAGAGUCAACGUUUCAUCAGCACAAUUUGGCACCAGUGAAGUUCUAUGGAUAUUAAUGUAUAACCAACCAACGGAAAAAGACCAGUUGUGGAUUGCUCCAGCAAAAUCUCAGCGCAUCUCGGUUGCUGCAGGUCUUAGAGAAGCCUUGCAAAUUAACGGGUUGAUAUUUAUUUCAUCGAAAAAAAACGGUAACAUAUUUAAAGCUAGAUUAGUUUUGCUGCCAAUAGGGGAUUAUUUUAAAAAACCCGGUUCCGCCCUCUCAGGCGGCGCCGCUGCUGAGCAAAUGCGAAGCGAGGCGGAACUCGGCCUUUUGGCGGCUCUUACCAACAUGGCGGACACGGCGGCAGAGGCGGCGGUAGCGGACGGAGACAAUAAACUCAGCAAAAAUGAGCUGAAGAGGCGAAUGAAAGCAGAGAAGAAAGCUGCUGAGAAGGAGAUCAGAGCUAAAGAGCUGGCUGAAAGGGAAGCUCUCAAAAAUGCAAAAGUUGAUGAAAUCCACAUGGGUGGAGAUGAAGAGACUCUUGACCCUAAUCAAUAUUACAAAAUACGGACACAGGCCAUCCAACAACUGAAGGGCACUGAAGAGGAUCCGUAUCCUCAUAAAUUCCAUGUAGAUAUAUCCUUAAUGGAGUUCAUUGAAAAAUAUAAUCAUCUGCAGCCUGGUGACCAUCUCUCUAAUAUCCGCUUGUCCGUGGCAGGUCGUAUCCAUGCCAAACGGGCCUCGGGUGCCAAAUUAAUCUUCUAUGAUCUUCGUGGUGAAGGAGUCAAACUACAGGUUAUGGCAAAUUCCAAAAAUUACAAAUCUGAAGAGGAAUUCAUUAAAGUAAACAAUAAGUUACGGCGUGGUGAUAUUAUUGGAGUGGAGGGAAACCCAGGAAAGACAAAAAAGGGAGAACUGAGUAUAAUUCCCAUAGAGAUAAAACUACUGUCUCCCUGCCUACACAUGUUGCCUCACUUGCACUUUGGACUCCGUGAUAAGGAAACCAGAUAUCGUCAGAGGUACCUGGACCUGAUCUUAAAUGAUUACGUGAGGCUGAAAUUCAUCACCAGGGCCAAAAUCAUCACCUAUCUACGGAAGUUUUUAGAUGAUCUUGGAUUUCUUGAGGUGGAGACACCCAUGAUGAACAUAAUUCCAGGUGGAGCUGUUGCCAAGCCUUUCAUUACACAUCAUAAUGAAUUAGACAUGGAUUUAUACAUGCGAAUCGCACCAGAGCUUUACCAUAAGAUGUUGGUUGUGGGAGGUGUUGACAGAGUGUAUGAAAUUGGCCGCCAAUUUAGAAAUGAAGGCAUUGAUCUCACUCAUAAUCCAGAAUUUACCACUUGUGAGUUUUACAUGGCUUAUGCGGAUUAUAAUGACCUGAUGCAAAUCACUGAGAAGCUUCUUUCAGGUAUGGUUAAGAACAUAACGGGCAGUUACAAGAUUACAUACCAUCCUGAAGGACCUGAAGGCCAGAGUUAUGAAAUUGAUUUUACACCACCAUUCAAACGCCUCAGUUUGACUGCAGAUUUGGAGAAAAUUCUGGGAGAGAAGUUUCCAAGUCCUGAUCAAUAUGAUACUGAAGAGGCUCGUAAAUUCUUUGACGACAUAUGUGUUCGGAAGGGUGUUGAAUGUCCACCUCCAAGAUCUACAGCCAGGCUUUUAGAUAAGUUGGUUGGUGAAUUCCUGGAGGUCACUUGCAUUAACCCAACAUUCAUCUGUGAUCAUCCACAAAUCAUGAGUCCAUUGGCCAAGUGGCAUCGAUCCUUCAAGGGUUUGACAGAGCGAUUUGAACUUUUUGUUAUGAAAAAGGAGAUUUGCAAUGCGUACACAGAAUUGAAUGAUCCUGUUAAACAGAAAGAACUCUUUGAAGAACAGGCUAAGGCUAAAGCUGCUGGUGAUGAUGAAGCCAUGUUUAUUGACGACAACUUCUGUACUGCUUUGGAGUAUGGACUUCCUCCUACAGCUGGAUGGGGCAUGGGCAUAGAUAGACUCACAAUGUUCCUGACGGAUUCUAAUAAUAUCAAGGAGGUCUUGUUCUUCCCAGCAAUGAAACCAGAGGACAACAAAAAGGAACGGCCUGAUGUUGCUGAAAAUGCACCUUCAGCAGAUUAGGAACACUGCAAUUCAAUGGAUCACUGAAUGAUGACUGCAUCACCAUAUGCUUAAUAUUAGUAAAAAUAUUGUGUCUUGUGACUCCAGGGAAGAGUUAAACUUUGAUUGUUCUUGUUUGAUUUUCAACUCUGCUGAUAUCUAAGUUUUAUUUAGCAGUAAUCUCCAAUACCUAUAACUCACUUCACGUCAAGAAAAUGUAACAUAUUAUUUGUCAGGCUUAACAUCUUUUAUACUGAUGUUUCUGCACACUACCCAAAUCUGUUCCUAGAAUGCAGCAUUUUUUUUGCAUUAAAAGAACAAGACUGUAUUGAUGAAUCAUUAAUAAAUUGGAAGGAAUAGUGAAUUAUUUUUAAUAGAUUGCAGCUGCUUUUAUUAUACAUUUAGAUUCCUUCUAAAGAAUCAGUGGAUAAUGAUGUAAUAUAUGACAUUUAAGUCUUCCCCCUUACUGACUGGAUCUCCAGAGGUUAGCAUGGUAUCUUACACUAGCUAGGCUAUGCUUAGAGUAUUGUGUGCAGUUCUGUCACUACACUAUAAGAAGAAUGUGAUUGUGCUGGAGAGAGUGCAGAGGAGAGUCAAUAAGAUGUUGCCUGGAUUGGAGGACUUCAGUUAUGAGGUGAGAGUGGAUAGGCUGAGCUUGUUUCCCCUGUAGCAAAGAAGUCUGAGGAAUGACCUGAUAGGGUAAAUAAUCAAAAUAUUUUUCCCAUGUUAGGGAUAUAAAAAAAAACGAGAGCAGAGGUUAAGUGGAGAGGAAGGAAUUUAAAUGGGAUCUGAGGGGUGAGUUUUUGCUAAAUUUCACAGUUAAUAUCCAGAACAUACUGGAAGCAGUGGAAUAUGAUACAAUUAUUAUGUUUAAGAGGCACUAAGAUGGAUACUUAAAUAGGCAAGACAUACAAGGCUGUAGUCCUAAUGUGGGCAAAUGGGAUUAGUGUAGAUGGACAAAAAGGUCAGCAUGCACAUAGUGGGCCAAAGGGUCUGUUUCUCUGCUGUAGGACAGUCCAAGGUUUUAAAAAAAAAUAUCAAUUCAUUAGACUGCCAACAUCUCUCAACAGUCUGCCUCAAUAUAAUCAGCUGGCCAUGCAAGAUGUGGAAAAAGGAUUGACAUCUCAAAUUUGACUCCUUAUUAUAAACUAAACAAUUUGAGAUUGAUUCAUGAUGCAGAAUCUGUCAUUCCAAAGUCAGUACACAAUUAAACCUUAAUAAAUGGAGAUAACCAGUUUGCCCCCCCCAAAAAGCAGCCAAAGCAGAAAAACCAAGCCUUGCUGCAGUCAGGCUAUAGUUAGAUACCAUUACAAAGACUGAUUUAUAACUAAACAGUAUGCCUUCAUGGAAACCUUCUUUAAACUUCGAUGGAAUUAACACUGUAACUAGGCAUAGAAAGCACACUUGACACUGAACACAGUGCUGCUUGUUUAUGUCAAUGUUCCUUGGUCCACGUCAACAGUGCCAACAUAACCAAUCCAAGAUGAUGGAGGAACAUGUAUUAUAUGUAAUCAAGUGCUGAGUAAUAAUGGGCAGCAUUAUUGAUUUUUUUUUCCCCCUCCAAGAUUAUGAUGUGUGCACAUGGAUUACUAAAUUUAAUAAAAAGCUUAAGACUAGCAAAAUCCAAAGGUUGUAUUUGUAGAAUAGUACAUCACCAAUGAUCUCGGCUUCAGCAGUCCACUCCCUCCCAAAACAAAGUGCACAAAACAAAGAUUAAAACCAAACACUUCAAAACCUAAGACAAUCAUGAAUAAUAAAAGUUAGUUUGAAAAAAGAUUUUCAAUGACUGUUGCUUCAUUCUUGACAAUUGUUCCUUCUUUACAAACCUGAAAUGUUGGUCCAGUAAUUCAAAUACACUUUUGUUUGUCUUAGCAGCCUGUUGAAAAUAAUCACAAUAUGUUUAAAUUAUUGAGCUCCCAGUACUGACAAGAUGAAGAUAUUUUCAGCUGCCUCCUGGAGUGCUGCAACGCAAGUUUCAGCAGUAGCUGCAGAAGUCAAAAAUUCUUAACUCCAAUAUUAAUUUUGAAAAGAGUGUCACAUUGGCAUCAUCUUUGUCACAUGGCAAAAAUCGAUUGAAUUUAUCAUUUGCUGCAAACAAUAAUGCACACAAAGUAAUUUUGGAUUCUUUCCUACUUCAUAUGAGGUUUUCUUAAAAAUGUUCAUUGUUUGAAGCAAAGCUACCUUAAUUUUUGUAUUUGUCUUAAGGCACCUAGAAUAUUAAAAUUGCAGUAUACUUAC